GGUGUUUCAAAGCUACUGCAGUGACUCUGGGAGGGUUUUAUCUUCUGAUGUUGGCUGGACUCUUCAUUCGCUUCACUUUUCUGCAGACCAGAUACGACCAACUGAGCAACAACUACAGUAAGUUACAGGAUGAAGUAAAGCAGCUGAAGAAUAGAACUGAAGAGAAGUGGUGUCCUGAUGGAUUGACGAGAUUUGGACGCAGUUGUUACUUUAAAUCUAAAGAGGAGAAGACUUGGACUAGAAGCAGAGCUGACUGUCAGCAGAGAGGAGCAGAUCUGGUCAUCAUAAACAACAAAGAGGAACAGAAGUUUGUCACUGAGCUGAGUAAGGAUGGAGAGUCCUGGAUUGGUCUACGGUAUGAAAGGAGCCAAGGAUGGAAAUGGGUGGACGGAUCACCGCUGACAGAAACGUUCUGGGCAUCAGGACUGACUCACUAUGAAGGUUACCCUCCAACAUGCUGCGAUCAACAUGGAAAAUGGACACAAAGAUAUGAUUCUGAUAAUAAGAACGGGAUCUGUGAGAAAAGGAUUCUCUGA